AUGGACGGGCAGGCCUCGGCUUCAGUUCGAAAGGCAGGACUAAUAAUAACGAAGGAACAAUCCACUGCAGGGUGUGGUCUUGGGGCUUCAAAGGAACAGAAUUGUAUUGGCACCCAGAUGCCAGUAACCCCUGUCUUUGAUCCUCCGCCAGAAGAGGUGGGUAAAGCACAGAAGACAGACGAAGAUCAAGAAAACGCAAAAAAAUCUGCAAACAACGAAGAUUCUUCAAAUGGACUAUGA